AGAGAGAAAUAAAGAGUAGAGAGAGAGACUGGAGCCACAUGGGGACCAGUAAACAGGCUGGUGUUGAAUUCCAACAAUGUGGGAAACAGCAAACACUUCAGUCAGUCCAAGAGGAAACCUCAGUCGCUGGGGUGCCUGUGCGCAGUGGCAGCAGGGCUGUGUUCCCCGGGUCUGAUGGGAGGACGGUGGGCGGGUUGACACCACAGAGCUACAGGAAGCAGGGGCUGGAGCAGAAACACAAACAAACACAGCCAGCCCUGCUCAGUUUUGGAGCUGCGAGAUGAAGAAUUCUGGAGAACGUCACGGCCCCGUGUUGACAAGAAUUUCAGGGGUUUGCUGCUGGGCUGCCGGUGACUGGAAUGCAUCUUAUCGGUAAUGUGAGUGUAAGCAAAGCCUGAUCAGGGACCUUGUUCCAACAGAAUUGCUUCACUCUCUUCCAGAGGUGUAAAGGAUCAAGCUCCUAACACCAUGGAUAUGGACACGCAGCCACAAGGACAGCAAGCAGCCGUGCCAGUCUUUCAACCCCAGAAACCAUUGCAACCAGACAUGGGCCAUAACUCCCUGGCAAACUUCCAGAUUGAGAAGAAAAUUGGACGUGGCCAGUUCAGUGAGGUGUACCGGGCGAGGUACCUGUUAGACAACACAUCAGUGGCUCUGAAGAAAGUCCAGAUAUUCGACUUGAUGGAUGCCAAAGCUCGGCAAGAUUGCAUCAAAGAGAUAGAUCUCCUUAAGCAAUUGAACCAUCCCAAUGUGAUAAAGUAUCAUGCAUCUUUUAUUGAGGACAAUGAGCUGAACAUAGUCCUGGAGCUAGCAGAUGCAGGAGACCUCUCACGUAUGAUCAAGCACUUUAAGAAGCAGAGGAGGCUUAUCCCAGAGAGAACAGUGUGGAAGUACUUUGUCCAGCUCUGCAGUGCGCUCGAACAUAUGCACUCCCGGAGAGUCAUGCACAGAGACAUCAAGCCAGCCAAUGUAUUCAUCACAGCUACAGGAGUAGUGAAACUAGGAGACUUGGGACUGGGACGAUUCUUCAGCUCCAAAACAACCGCUGCUCACUCACUAGUGGGUACUCCUUACUACAUGUCACCGGAGAGGAUACAUGAAAACGGAUACAACUUCAAAUCUGACAUCUGGUCGCUAGGAUGCCUGCUCUACGAGAUGGCAGCCCUGCAGAGUCCGUUCUAUGGGGAUAAGAUGAACCUUUACUCCCUUUGUAAGAAGAUAGAACAGUGUGACUACCCCCCUCUUCCCUCAGAUCACUACUCAGAGGAGCUAAGGAACUUGGUAGAUAUGUGCAUCAACCCUGACGUGGAGAAGAGGCCGGACAUCGCCUACGUGUACGACAUUGCCAAACACAUGCAGAACAUGACACAGGGCAGCUAAGCCCAGAGUUACACACAUAAAGCUUGCAGAACUCCUCCCCACUUCCCCUACUUGCUUUUCAUGCUGGACUCAUACACAUCUAUCAGCUUUUAUACAAUAACUAACUCCAGAGUUUAGCUCCUUGUGAUAAGUAGUGCGUGUAACAGAUUUAUUUUCAAGUUGAUGGCACAGUCUGUAGCAUGACUGACACCCAAACCUUUUCUGCCCUAGGAUAAAGAUUAUGGAGAUUAUACUUUUUUUCUUCAGAUGGACCUCCCAUUCCUUAGACUUCAAUAAUGUUACAGCACUGAAAAUCAGUGUAUUGUAACUCACUGGUGUUAUUUACUAUGGCUUUAAAAAGCACGUCCUCUGUAUGUUCAUGUAGUGAAGCAAAGCUGCUAUGAGCAGUUGCUAUGUAAAGGCCCCCACACACCGCCUCGACGAGCUCUUGUUCGGCGAUUCUGUCGCCUCUCGUCGGACACAGUCGGGUGAAAUAAAGCAGUGAAACACACUGCCACGACGACUGCCGACUACACAGCAGCCUGUAAGUUCUGCGCUUGCGCGAGAUGCAAUUAGUCUCCCUAACAAUGGGUGGCGCUAGUCUUGUGACUGUAAUCCAAAACAUGAAAACAGGAAAUGACGUAACGGAGAAACCAUAGAAGUAACCAUGGAGAUUAAAAACAAAGCGCACACAGCAUAAAGCUUAUUAUUAGUUUUGAGAAGACGUUUUGGAAAACAAAGCUUCGCCGCAAAAUGGUCGCUCCGGCUGAGCUGAUGGUCGCGUUGUCUGCUCUCGGACUCGUUCUUGCCCGAAGACGUGGCAGGAGGGAAAAAGUCACUUCCGCCCCUCCCCCACACCGCGCUGAUUCGCUAGAGCACCGCCAAUCAGAUCCGCCCAUAGCUAGCACACAGCCAAUCAGAGGACCCGACGAGAUUACUCUCCCGAUGGCCGACGCUCCCAGAUUGAGCAUGUCGAAUUGGGCCCGACAGCUUCCGUGCUUCCCCGACGCAGAUGAACACACCAAACAGGCGCGUACCCGAUGUCGUCUGACUGUCCCCGACACCCGACAGUCGGGCCGGUGUGUUCCUGGCUUAAAGCAGAUGAACUGAAAAAUCGGAAAAUUAGUUUAAACAAAAAGGCAAAAUGAUGUGUUACUUGUUACCUAUCCUCAAAACAGUUAAUCAAUGCAAAUAUAAAGAAUAUAUAAAAAUUACAUAGAAAGUUUGGCGGGUUUAAUGAGACCUACGGUCAGCAAAUGCCACAAAAAGCCCAUUAAGACUUUGAGAACAAUAUUAAAAUUGGAGUGAAGAGAUUUUCACUCAACGGCGGCAAAACUGAGAGACGUAACAGAGUGUUAUUGAUGGUUGAAGUGUUGUUGUGUUGCACUUUUUACCCUGGCGCUGGAAGGCUGGCAGGGUGAUCAUGUCUAAUGAAUGUAUUAGGAGAGGAAGGAUCAUUUAGAGGGUUGACUAGAGACAUGCUGGGGGGAGAACAUGGGCAAAUGUCUCCACAACACUUUGAAUGUAAGUCGUUUUGACACCUACGUAUUGUCUUUGAAAAAUUCAGUAUGUCUCUGUUUUGACAGCCUAGAAGGAGUGGUAGGAGCUGUAACAAAAGCAGUUUUUUUUACGUCUGCUGUUUACCUUAGUCACUGACACCAAAAGAUUUCCUCCGUGGUUCAACUUAAGCAAGGUGUUUUUUGACAUCACAAUGAAGACAUGAACAAAAAAAAAAGUCAAAACGCAUAGUUCUCCAUCAUGGUCCAGUGGCUGCGUUUGACCCACCAGAAAGUUCGCCUAUGUGGAUUUGUGAUCGUUAAUGUUGCUGUGUAAGUGUGCAGUGUAGUUGUCUUGUUGAGUAACAAAUACAUUGAAGAGAUCGCAGAUCCGUGCCUUGUGUUGCCGUCCAUGUCAUGAGUCAAUCACAGCGUGCCUACCUUCCUUAAGUCAUCAGUUGAGAUACCAAAGAGAGCAGUUUAUAUAUGUAUAUGUUAAGGUGUCUUUUAUGAAAAGUAUAUCAAAGAGUUGUACUGAAAAAAGAAACAAGCACCAAUGGGACUCAUUUUGUUUUACUGUACAUAGCGAAGAAGUUCCUAUAGGUUUAAUACUGUAGGGUCUUAGUGACCCUUUAUUCAUUUUGGAGGAAGGAAACAGUGGUAUAUAUGUAUUUUUUCUCUUUAUUUUUUUUUUUUUUUUUACAGUAAAUAGGUUUACACCAGUGGGUCACAGAUGACCAGCACUGACUACCACUGGUUUACAUAAUGACAGUGAUACCACAUGAAAGGUAUAGUAAGUAAAUGAUGAUUGAUGACUCUUUAUUUCAAUGUCUUGAAUUCUCUUUUAACAUUAUCAAAUAGCCUGUUAACCGCUCAUUGAAAUUAUUGUACAUGUAUGCCCAUGUUUCUCCUGUUUGUUUUUUUAAAUUAACAAUACUAUUAACAUGUGUUCUAUAUAAAAUCAAAGCUUAUAGGCGCAUAAAAUGUAAGUUAUUUUCUUUUGGUCAACAAGAUAUUUUCAUAGUAGUGUGUUCAUAAUAGGUAUUUGUCUGAGACUUGCAAUACAGUGUUUGCAAUUUUUGUUUGCAACUCUACACUAUCUGAAUUCUUCUUCACCAUCAGUGCUGUUUAUCUUCUAUCUCUGCCUUCUGUAAACAACAGCAUCUGUAUAGCAGCAAAACAUUUUCGUAUUUAAAGCACUUUUAGAUACUGAGUUUUGAUGCUAUACAGAACUCCUUAAAUAAAUUGGUAGUAAUUAACAGCAGAAUACCAAAAAUGUGGAUGCUUUUGUAUGCAUAAAUGCAUAUUUUUUUGCCUUUAUCCAUCACCUUGUUAGUUAAGAACAUGCAGUACUGUAUGUGAUGCAAAGUCAUGUUUUAGCUGUUUGUUUGUUUUUUUUGUUUUUUUAAUUCUCACUGGGAGGUUUAUAACACACAGUGCAAAGUCACUUUAAGGAUUAUGGCCAUUAAUGGUAGGGAGUGUCUUUAUGUAACGCGGCUCAGUUUACUUUUCCACAGGCCAUCUGAAGUUGGUAUUAAAGAGUCCAGGGGUUUUCCAGAAAGUCAAAUAAUAUUUAUUCUUUUGGUAGUUUGGUUGUUUUUCGCAACAUUUCAUGUCAAAUUAAAGACCCACAUCACAAAAGCCUUGUAUGCUUACUAAAUGUAAUAAAGCUUUCAAAUUUC